AUGCUGUGGUAUCAAAUCUUCCAGGAUGGCCCAGAAUACGAGGCUCGGAAACGCAAAUCAUCCUUCGAGCCGCCCAAUAUCGCACUGAAAGACGUCCGCGACGCGGUCCCUCCUGAGCUCUUCGAAAGAAACACCCUCAUCAGUCUCUUCUACGUGAUACGGCACGUUAUGAUCGUCCUCCUCUUCUACCAUCUCGCAACAAAGAUCGAUGCCGUCGCUGCCUUUGCUGCUGCUUCGCUACACGGCUACGGAGGGCUCGUAACUUCCUUCACGAGUGUGUGGCUACGCACGGUUUUGUGGCUGCUCUAUGCCGCCUGGCAGGGCAUCGCCCUCGCUGGACUCUGGUGCCUGGGUGACUACCUCCUCAGACAUAUCCCAAAGCGAAUGCAUACUGACACAUCCUCCACUAAUUCAGGACACGAGGCGGGCCAUGGCAACCUCUCCCCCCACGCACUCGUCAACUCGGCGUUGGGUCUCCUGACGCACAGUUUCGUGCUGGUGCCUUACUAUGCUUGGCGAUCCACCCAUCGUACCCAUCAUAAAGCGACGAACCACCUCGACAGGGAGGAGACGCACUACCCCGCGACGCGCAGGACGUUCAACCUCCCCCACGGGCGCGUCGCGGUGAAGAUGGACUACCAGGAGAUCCUGGAGGAGACGCCGGCGUUCACGCUCUUCAAGAUGUUCAUGCGCCAGUUCUUUGGUUACCAGCUCUACCUAAUACAUAAUCGCAAGGGGAAUCCGAAAUAUCCCAAGGGCACCAGUCACUACAAACCGUCGUCGAUGCUAUUCACGCCGGAACAACGCACCUCAAUAAUCAUAUCCAACAUCGGCAUGUGCGCGAUGCUCGCCCUCCUCGCGGCGUACGCCUACCACCACGGCCGCUCGUCGCUGUGGUGCUACUACGUCCUCCCGUGGCUCCCCUACGUCACCCCCUCCAUCCCGGCCCUUCCAGCCCUUCAUCGCCCCCUUCAUCCCGUAUCCGAUCCUGACGUUAACGCUGACGACGUAUCAUCGAACAGGAUCGUGACUUUCACGUACCUCCAGCACAGCGACCCCACGAUCCCGUAUUACAGAAAGGAUCAGUGGACCUUUGCGCGCGGCGCGCUCUCUACGGUCGACCGCCCCGUCUUUGGAUGGGUCGGCCGGGCGCUGUUGUACAAUAUCGGCCACGACCACGUCGCGCAUCACCUGUUCUCGAAUAUCCCGUUCUAUAACCUCCCCCGGGCUACGGAAGCUAUCAAGCCGGUACUGGGCGAAUACUAUAACUACGAUAGCACGCCGACUGUCCGCGCGCUGUGGCGCUCCUUCACGCAGUGCGUGUUCGUGGAGGACGAGGGGAGUGUGGUGUUUUACAAGAACUGCGCGGGCGCGGGUGUCAGGGAGGCCGUCGGGGCGACGGACGCGGGCGUAGGCGUGGAGGGCGAGUUGGAAGGAGAGGACUGA